AUGAUAGAAAUACCUCCAGAUUUGUUGAUAGAAAAAUCAGAUGAUCCUAUACUUAGCUUGGUGAAUUUUGCUUAUCCUAAAAUGAUUAACAACAUGAAAAAUCAUUCAUUCUUUGAAGAAAGAGCAAUUUUGGCACCAACCAUUGAGAGUGUUGAGCAUGUCAAUAAUUUCAUGUCUUCUAUGGUUCCUGGUGAUGAGAAGGAAUAUUUGAGCUUUGACAUUACAUGCAAGUCUGAUGAGGACACAGAGAUAGAAGGAGAUUGGUUCACUUAUGAGUUCUUGAAUGAAGUCAAAUGUUCAAGAAUUCCAAACCACAAACUUAAUUUGAAGGUUGGAAUUCCAAUUAUGCUUCUUCGGAAUAUAGACCAGUCUAUUGGUUUAUGUAACAGAACCCGCUUGAUAGUAACAGAUUUGACCAAAAAUGUCAUUGCAGCAUCAAUUCUAAUAGGUAAAAAAAUGGGAGAAAAUUUUUUAAUCCCUCGAAUGAACUUAAUACCAUCUGACCCUGGUUUGUCGUUCAAAUUCUCAAGACGACAAUUUCCUGUCACAUUAUGCAUUUCAAUGACUAUAAACAAGAGUCAAGGUCAAUCAUUAUCUCAUGUUGGCUUAUAUCUGCCUAGACCAGUUUUCACUCAUGGUAAGCUCUAUGUUGCUCUCUCAAGAGUGAAGUCAAGAAAAGGGCUGAAAUUAUUGAUUUUAGAUGAUGAAGGAAACCUCUCAAACGCAACAAAGAAUGUUGUAUACCAAGAAGUGUUUGACAACAUCUAA